GGGGCGGCGCCGCUCGCCCCCUUCAAAGCGGGCGGCGGUGCCGCGACGGCCGCUUUUGGCGGCUCGGCUCGGCUCGGCUCGGCGCUCGCACCAUGCUGCACUGGGGAUACGACGAGCACAACGGGCCUGCCCACUGGAAGGAGAUUUUUCCUGUCGCUAAUGGGGACCGCCAGUCCCCCAUCGACAUCAAAACUGAGGAAACCAAGUAUGAUCCCUCUCUCCGUCCUCUAAAUCCCAACUACGAUCCAGCUUCUGCUAAAAUCAUCCUUAACAACGGCCACUCCACCAGUGUCGAAUUCGAUGACACCGUAAACAAAUCAGUGCUGACGGGGGGACCGCUCAGUGGGACGUACCGCCUGCGCCAGGUCCACUUCCACUGGGGGUCCAGCGAUGAAGCUGGCUCUGAGCACGCGGUGGACGGCAUGAAGUACGCAGCAGAGCUUCAUGUGGUUCACUGGAACUCGGAAAAAUAUUCCAGUUUUGUUGAGGCGGCCCGUCAGUCGGACGGAUUAGCAGUCAUGGCCGUGUUUCUAAAGAUUGGUGAAUGUAACCCUCAGCUGAAGAAGAUUACGGACCAUUUGGACAUGAUCAGAAUCAAGGGUAAAAGAGCACUAUUCACAAACUUUGAUCCUAGCUGUCUGCUUCCCAAAUCCCUGGACUACUGGACAUAUUUUGGCUCUCUCACUGUUCCACCUCUGCUUGAAAGUGUCAUCUGGAUUGUUCUGAGAGAGCCCAUAAAUGUUUGUUCUGAACAGCUAGCCAAAUUCCGCAGCCUCCUGAGCACGGCUGAGGACGAGGUAGCCUGCUGUCUGCUGAGAAACUACCGGCCUCCCCAGCCUUUAAAGGGACGAGAAGUCAGGAGGAAUUAAGGAAUAAAGCAAGAAUUGGUCACCUCCAAAACCAUUUAGGAUGCUGAAUUAAUUUUAAUAGUUAAUAUAUGUUGUGGGGUUUUUUUUUUUUUUUUUUUUUUUUUUUUUGGUGAGUUAUAACAAAUAGGUGUUAUUUUAUUAUUGGUUACCAUGCAGUCAUUUCUCAGAUAAAUAUGUCCUGAGUUGCUGCGAAUUCAUCAGCGUUAGCCGAUCCAAAUGCAUUUGGGUGUGUGGGUAUGAGAGUGUUGAGAUGUUAGUGUUAAGUGCACGGAGUGCAGUGCUAACCCUAGGGGCCAGAAACAGUGAAGGAGCUGGCCAGAAUUUGCCACCAAAUUCCUGAAGGGAAUCCCAGAUGUUAAUGGCAGUAAAGGGUGUUGUGGGACUACGCUUCUGGUCUGUAACAUAAGAUAUAGCCUCUGCGUGAGUCUUUGCACUGUAGUUCUCAAGGAAAAAAGAUUGCAAGGCUGGCAUAAUUUCCUCACUGACCUCUGGGAUACCAUCCUGAAGAAACAGCAGCAAAUAAUAGUGUUUAAAUCCAUGAGCUAGAUGUAGAUUGAAGGGAUACCGAUAUCUGUAUGAUCCUUUUGUUCCCACUGCUUUGUAGCAGUGAUUAUGAAAAAAAAAAGUAAAAAAGAAGGAAAUAAUAAGGAUUGUGGGAUGAUGGAUGAGGCGUUCCUAAGUUCUACCCGGUAUAGUGCUGAAGUUGUCCUGAAACUAGCCAGUCUGCAAGGUGGAAGGGCAGAGAGGCUUCCUUCGUACCUGCCAAAGUCCAGCCUGUCGCACCCGGUGAUCGGUAAGGGACUGCACCUUGCAGUCCCGCGCUGGAGAUAGCCCGUGGACCACUACAUCGCUGUAGCGUGGUGCUCCUGCUGCUUACGGCUCCUGAGGGCAAUGGGAGCACUCGUGCUCUAGCCUGUUCUUAGCCUGGCUGCAUGUCGUCCACCUGUGUCUCACCAUGGAGAACAGCUUUACUUUGGCGCUGGCACCUCCUGCAAAACCCACUAAAGCUUUGCUGUCAGCAGAGGUGGCCCCAAAGAGCUGCGCUUUUUAAUACUCCGUGACCAAAGAUAGCGUUGAGAGCACGAUAAAGAAAUCAUAAUCAAGCCAAUAUCUAACAGAAGAGCAACCUUGCGAGCAAUACCUUGAAGUGACCAUCCUUAUGAACUGGCUUGAGCCUGCGUUUCUCUCAGGAAUUUUUGUUAUUUGAAUGUAAUUGUUUUAUGUCAAAUUUAUUUUUAUUAUUUUUAAUGCACUAGCCAUAAGAUGUAGUAAGUAUAGGAUUAGAUUACUCUUAGACUGUGGGAACUACAUAGUGAAAGCCAAAGAUAGCUGAGAGGCAACUCGAGUUUCAUGGGCAGCACCAACCUCUGUAGUACUUCUGACUAAACUAAUUUUCUGCUAUUAAGCUCCAUGAAUUUGUUCUUUCGCAGGUUUUAUAGGCUGUGCCUCUUGCUUCAACAGAGUUUUUGACCUUAGAUGGACAAAUAGGAGAGAAAUCACAAACUGGAUUGACUUUGUGUUCAUGUUUGUAACCAAAUAAAAUAGAUGUAGAGACAUAGAUAUUUUAGCUUAGUUUAAGAUAGGUGGAUAUUUUUGUUCUCUCCUCCCCUGGAUAUAGCUAGUGUCACUGCGAGACCUCUCCGCCUUAUGAAUGUUUUCUGAAGGAACAAGCACAAAUAGGUCAUGGAAGAAAUAAAAAGGCGUUUUGCAGUAGCAGUACUAGUACUAACCACAGGGUAAAACCUGGAGGCACUCUUAUGUUUUCCAGCACAGGGAGAAAAACCCAGCUGGAAAGUCCUCAGCCUGGUCCCCUCCGAAUCAGGGCUUGUGGAAAGUGUGCGUGGAGAGAGAGCGAGUGUGUUGUGCAUUUUCACAUCCCUUUUUUAAGAUGUAACGUUGCAUCUGAUGUAUUUCUCUAUUGUAAGUAGCUGCAGCACAUGACCAAAUUGUUUACAAGUUGUAUGAAGGUUAUAAAGCUUGUUUGCCUGAGAAGAGGAAGUAAUAAGCCUACUAAUUCAUAUCAGAAGCAAAUUUCAGAUGUUUUUACACAUUGAAAACAGUGGAGCCGAUCCAGAGCUUUGAUAUUUAUAAGGAUUUUAUCAAAAUAAAAAUGGAUUUUAUGAA